AUGAGACCUCAAGCCUGCGAACCAUGUGCAAAGCGCAAGGUCAAAUGCGACAGGGCAGAACCGCCGUGUUCCAAUUGUAAGCGUCGCAAGCAUGAUGUUUGCACUUACCCUGAAGUCUCGCCUUUUGAGAGGAUUAAAAAAUUGGAAGAGGCGGUGAGGGCCCUUGGUGGUGAUCCAUUAUCGGACACACCUGGGCGAUUAAUAGGGAAGAGUGAGAAAGCAAGUCCUGUCGAUGGGAGUCAUGCUGUGACGCCGAUUAUUGUGCAGGAAGAGGGAAAAUCUGUUUACCACGAAUCUGAAGGAUGGCAUACCUGGAUCGACGUUUCACGUCUUUACAAAGGCCCCAUCCCAAACUUUAAGGCAUCUGACCCUCGGGGUUCAGCUUUAUCACCAGGAAAGCAUCUCCCCCACGCGUUUCAUGGCUCACCAUGGCGAGACAACACCAUCCUCUCAGAAAAACUCGACUUCUGCCCGAUACCACAAGAAGAAGCCCUCAAACUUUGGGACUCCUUCAUGGAGCGUGUAGAGCCAAUUGUCAAGAUCAGCUUCACCUGGACGCUUACCCAUCUUAGAGCUGCUUUAUCUGAUGCUGAGAAGUGGAGAAGACUCGAUAAUGGCGACCAUGCUCUCAUAUUGUCAACUUGUUUAUUCGGUGCUACGAGUUUGACGAAUACAGAGUGCUUAGAUCUAUUCGGUCGCACGAAAGCGUCUUUGACUAAUGAGUGUCGUGUUCAAUGUGACAUGGCGUUCUCGAGGAUAAGUCUACUCGCCAUUGAUAGCAUUUCAACCUUGAAAGCUUUGUGCCUGUACAUUAAAGCCAACGUCGAUGUCUUGACUUCGCGCAGCAUGUGGACUCUAAUGGGUCUCAUCUCCCGAAGCGCAGAGCAACUCGGCAUGCACCGCGACGGCACAGUACUAGGCCUUUCGCCCAUUGAGACAGAAGAACGCCGCCGACUAUGGUGGCAGCUCCAACACCUCGAUCUAAUUCUCUCACUCAAAAACAACGUCACGCCCUUGUCCUUUGGAGUAGGCUGGGAUGUCAAACUUCCUCUGAACAUCGAAGACCACGAUCUUGAUCCAAGUUCCUCAACACCGCCAAAAGAACGGACUGGUCUCACAACUUUCUCGUAUACGCUGUUUACGUACUGGAAAAUGGAGAGGCAGCGCACCUUUAGAAUGACGCAAGCGAGCCAGGCUACAGUCGGUGAUUCGUCUCUCCUAGGUUGUUUGGCCGACCCCGUUAUCGACGACCUUGAGGCUGGGCUCAAUGAAAACUUUCUGCAGUAUUGUGAUCCCAUUGACCCGUUACAUACGAUACUACAGAUCUCUGCGCGGGCUGUUGUCAACGUCUUACGAUUGAGAAAACUGCAUGAAGCUCGUAUGCGCUCUCAGAAUAGUGAUGAUGAAUGCCAUGUUGAGCACUUUAAUGCCUGUAUGCAGGGAAUGCGGUAUAUCGUCGUCUCUCAUUCGAAUCUUCAACUAAAGCCCUUUAUGUGGCUUGCCGAAAGCUCCUUUGUCUGGUACGCCUUCAUUGGAAUCUUGGUCGACAUGUCAAACUUGAAAGACGUGGCCCUUAUCAAAUCAGCCUGGACGCUACUUUCUCAGCUCUACGCCGUAGCAGAUCAUAUAUCAGAUCUUGAAGAUGACAGACGAAAAUCUCAUGCUGCAAGGUCGGUAGUUGCAACAUGGUAUGAGUGCCGGCAGAAACCAGGUCUGGCUGAGAUGCAGAAGCCAGGGUUUGUAUCAAAGCUGGAGAAGGACUUGGCCGAGUUGGAUGGUAAGGCAACUGCAGAUAAUGGAGAUCAAGUCACUGCCUCACAGGAGAUCUGGCGGAAUGGACCCGUAGAGACUGAACUGCAGCCGUUUGGGUUCGAGUUUGCGGAUAUUGACUGGGCGUUUUGGGACAGCAUUAAUUAG